GGUGUCUUUGGGGUUUGUCUGAUUAUGAAUAAAUGUGAUAUUUAUGACAUUUGUUAUUAUUAUCAAUGUAGAGAAAACGUCUGAUGCUUUGCUUUCUCUCCACACUGUAAUUAUGCAAGUAAAUUAUCUCGCUUAAGUAUAUUAGGAUAAAUAGUAAAGACAAAAAGGAAGAAUGAAUCAGUGAAAGUAAACAAAGCAAAGCUACAUUUAUAACGAAACAUACACAUAUUAAUCCAUGUGGUAUUAUAUAAUUAUUACUUUUUUGGUAAACAUUAUAUAAUUAUUACUUCAUUAAGCUGGUACCUAUAUUAAAGUAUUAUCAUAAUAAAUAAUUUUAACAUACGGAUUAAUAUAACCAAAUUUAUAAAGGUUCCAGCUGGAAAAUAAAGUGAGAAUAAUGCACAGUCUAAUUCGGCGGCUCGAUUCGUGUUGUUGAAGAACUUUUUAAAAUAAUAAUCUCCAUGACAAAUUAAUGACAAUGACAUUUAAGUUUUCUUAAAUGUGAUAAUUGAGUGCUUCAAAUAACGUGGAAUAGUUAAGUUGAAUCCAAUAUUACUAGUUGGAUUUGGAUUAAUUACUCCCUGCAUCAAAUUAAUGGUCUACGUUAUAAAUACUACAAUACGUUCCAUUUCUAAAAUCAGUACAAUCAUUAAAGUUUCGUAUUUAUUUCAGGAGUACUACGUAUGAUACAAAAAAGGAAUUUUUGAGAAUAUACAUUGUGUAUUACAUACGAUACGACAAACCAGCCCGCACUAUGAUAAAACUUCUAAGCAAUUAUUGUUCUUUGGAUAAGCAAACAAAACAUGAGAAUUAAAAGAAAAAAAAUCAGUAAUGCAAGCCUGAUGUGUAUAACAAACAUGCAAAUUCUAUAGUCUGUUCAGUAAUUGAUAUUUUCAUAAUAAAUGUUUAUUGUUUCAAGAUGACUGAUUGAUCAUUUGGAUGGAUUUCUUAACAAUUGGUUUUAUUGGGCUGGUAUUUGAAUUAUAUGUAAAUACAUGGGCUUUUAUAGAAAACGUUUAAAGAAAGGGAUAAUAUAUGUAAAUGAGGGAAAAAGACACGAAAAACAAAAACAAAAUAAAAGGAGGCCAAAGCCACCACCACACCACUGAACAGAACUUCCCUCUAUAACACGCAAACUCAGCUUCAACGCCUCUCUCUUUUUUUUCUCUCUCCUCGCCGUGAAGUCUGCGGAGGAGAAUCUAUCUGAUCUCUCAAUAUUCCGAUCUGUAAUAAGUGAUCGUUAGAUAGAUAGUUAGUGUGGGGGAGUUUCCUCAAAUCUGAGUCUCCAACACUUGAAGAAAUCAAACUCGUUUGUUUCUCAUCUGAUUCAAUCUUUAUACGACGAUGUUUUGUGAUUGCUUCUACUGGAACCAAGAAAAUUCCGAGUUGGAACUGGACUCGUCCGAGUCAAAGCCUUUCUCGCUUCCGUCUCCUCUUCCUCGAUGGCCACAAGGCACAGGUUUUGCUACUGGAAAGAUAAACCUCGGAGAGAUCCAAGUGGUGAAAGUCACCGAGUUCGAUAGAGUUUGGAAAUGUAGCAAGACACGUGGCGGUAAAUCGAGAUGUGCCUCUUUUUACAAACCUGUGGGGAUACCAGAAGGUUUCCAUUGCCUUGGCCAUUACUGUCAGCAAAACAACCAGCCAUUGAGAGGCUUUGUUCUUGCAGCUCAAGCUAACGAUCCCGACCAUCAUGCGGAUCGCCCUGCGCUGAAGAAACCAGUGAACUAUACUUUAGUCUGGAGUUCAGAUUCAGACUGCUACUUCUGGUUGCCUAAUCCUCCCGUUGGCUACAAAGCCGUGGGAGUUAUCGUCACAGACGAAUCAGAGGAGCCUGACACCGAAGAAGUUAGAUGCGUAAGAGAGGAUCUCACAGAGACUUGCGAAACACGCGAGAGGAUUCUCGGCGUAGGUUCCUUUAACGUGUGGAGCACGGAACCAUGCUCCAGAGGGAUUUGGUCACGAGGCGUGGCGGUUGGGUCAUUCUUUUGCUCUACUAAUGAUAACAAAGCCGACAUGAACAUUGCCUGUCUGAAAAAUCUUGACCCUAGCUUACAAGCGAUGCCGAAUCUCGACCAGGUCCACGCGCUUAUUCAACAUUACGGACCAACGGUCUACUUCCACCCUGAAGAAACUUACUUACCUUCCUCCGUCCCAUGGUUCUUUAAAAACGGAGCUUUAUUAUACCGGUUUGGUAAACCGGAAGGAGAACCGAUUAACUCAACCGGUUCGAACUUGCCAUCAGGUGGAAAAAACGACGGGAGCUACUGGAUUGAUCUCCCUCAAGAAGACGAGGAAGUCGCAAACAAUCUCAAGAAGGGAAACAUAGAGAGCUCAGAGCUUUACGUCCACGUGAAGCCAGCGCUCGGUGGGAUCUUCACCGACGUUGUCAUGUGGAUCUUCUGUCCCUUUAACGGUCCCGCUACGCUCAAGAUCGGUCUUCUCACCGUCCCCAUGAACCGUAUCGGUGAGCACGUUGGUGACUGGGAGCAUUUCACGUUCCGGAUAAGCAACUUCAACGGCGAGCUUACUCAGAUGUUCUUCUCGCAGCAUAGCGGUGGCGGGUGGGUUGAUGUGUCUGAUCUUGAGUUUGUCAAAGGAAGCAACAGACCGGUUGUGUACUCGUCCAAACACGGACACGCGAGUUUCCCACACCCGGGGAUGUAUCUCCAAGGCUCGUCCAAGCUUGGGAUUGGAGUGAGAAACGAUGUAGGGAAGAGCGAGUUUGUGGUGGAUUCUAGUCAGAGGUAUAGAGUCGUGGCGGCGGAGUAUUUAGGGGAAGGAGUGGUUUUGGAGCCGUGCUGGCUGCAGUACAUGAGAGAGUGGGGACCAACUAUAGUGUAUGAUUCUGCAGCUGAGAUUGAUAAGAUCAUUAAUCUUUUGCCUUUGAUUGUGAGGUUCUCUAUUGAGAAUCUGUUUCCUAUUGCGCUUUAUGGAGAGGAAGGUCCUACGGGACCAAAGGAGAAGGAUAACUGGGAGGGAGAUGAGAUGUGUUGAAGAAAGGUUUUGGCUGAGCUUAAUAUGGAUCUGCGAAAACAGAGCUCCUCUGUUUACGUGAAGUGUGUUGUGUAAUAUUGUGUAGAUGUGAUAAUGUAAAGUCUUCUUAUUUGGACAUUGGUUUAGCCAUUUUAGUUACCACGUGAUAUUAUAUCACGGAAAAUCAUUUAGUAAUAUUAUAAAAAAAACUUAAAAUAAUGGUUCACA